CAGUAGCGGACAUACGCACCUCUCACGCUACUCCUUCCCAGUGAAACCUCAUGCGCUGACACCUGUAAGGUCCGACUCUGACUCGACACACCUCACCGUUCGACGGGAACAUCUGGCUGUGUCUGUGUAGAAUGACCUUCUUAGUGUAACGUGUCAUGUCUUUGUCGAUGAAAACAGCUGGAUGCUACUCGGCUAGCCAGCUUUAGCAGAGCUGCAGCCUCUGCGGAAGGUGCCAGGUUGAAUUAGUGCUGCAGGACUUUCAAGAUGGACCACUGCAUCUAAUCAGAUAGGAUGAGGAGCCGCAGUAACUCAGGAGUGAGGCUGGAUGGGUAUGCCAGGCUGGUUCAGGAGACCAUCCUGAGCCACCAGAACCCAGUGACCGGGCUCCUGCCUGCCAGUGCUCAGAAAAAGGACGCGUGGGUGAGGGAUAAUGUGUACAGCAUCUUGGCUGUGUGGGGGCUAGGCAUGGCCUACCGCAAGAAUGCCGAUCGGGAUGAAGACAAGGCCAAGGCCUAUGAGCUGGAGCAGAGUGUGGUAAAACUGAUGCAAGGACUCCUGCAGUGCAUGAUGAGACAGGUGGCGAAAGUGGAGAAGUUCAAACACACCCAGAGUACGAAGGAUUGCUUGCAUGCCAAAUAUGAUACUCCAACCUGUGCCACAGUUGUCGGGGACGACCAGUGGGGCCACCUUCAGGUUGAUGCCACCUCCAUUUAUCUUCUGAUGCUUGCACAGAUGACAGCCUCAGGUCUUCGCAUCAUCUCCAACCUGGAUGAGGUGGCUUUUAUCCAGAAUUUAGUCUUCUAUAUAGAGGCUGCCUAUAAAGUGGCGGAUUAUGGGAUGUGGGAGCGAGGUGACAAGACCAACCAGGGCAUCCCUGAGCUCAAUGGCAGCUCUGUAGGAAUUGCUAAGGCAGCUCUGGAGGCCAUCGAUGAGCUCGAUCUCUUUGGCGCCCACGGGGGUCCGAAGUCGGUGAUCCAUGUCCUACCUGAUGAAGUUGAACAUUGUCAGUCCAUUCUCUGCUCCAUGCUGCCGAGAGCUUCAACCUCAAAGGAGAUAGAUGCUGGCCUUCUGUCGGUUAUUUCUUUUCCUGCUUUUGCCGUUGAAGAUGCCGACCUGGUGGCCAUCACAAAGUCAGAAAUCAUAAGUAAACUGCAGGGUCGCUAUGGCUGCUGCCGCUUCAUCAGGGAUGGAUAUCGAUGUCCUAAAGAAGACCCAUCCCGGUUGCACUACGAUCCUGCAGAGCUGAAGCUGUUUGAGAAUAUCGAGUGUGAGUGGCCUGUGUUCUGGACUUACCUCAUCCUGGAUGGUAUCUUUGCUGGAGAUCAAGUGCAGGUGCAGGAAUACCGUGAAGCUCUGGAGGGGAUUUUGAUCAGGGGAAAGAAUGGCAUCAAACUUCUGCCUGAACUUUAUUCUGUACCACAUGACAAGGUGGAGGAGGAGUACAGCAAUCCUCACUCAGUGGACAGAGUGGCCAUGGGGCAGCUGCCGCACAUGUGGGGACAGUCGCUCUACAUCUUGGGCUGUCUUCUGGCUGAGGGUUUUUUGGCAGCGGGCGAGAUCGAUCCUCUCAACAGGAGAUUCUCAACAAACUUCAAGCCAGAUGUUGUAGUGCAAGUUUGUGUCCUGGCAGAGUCAGAGGAGAUCCAGGAGUUGUUAAAUCAUCAUGGGAUCAAUGCCCAGACCAUGUCAGAAGUUUUGCCUAUACGGGUCAUGCCUGCCCGCAUCCUUAGCCACGUCUACGUCAAACUGGGGAACUGCAAGAAGCUGAAUUUAAGCGGGAGGCCGUACAGACACAUUGGAGUUCUGGGAACAUCUAAGUUCUAUGAAAUCAGAAACCACUCUUAUAUAUUCAUCCCGCAGUUUUUGGAUCAGCAUCAUUUCUACCUGGCUCUGGACAACCAGAUGAUAGUGGAGAUGUUACGCACAGAGCUGGCCUAUCUCUCCUCCUGCUGGAGGAUGACCGGGCGACCAACACUUACUUUCCCCAUCACCCGCAGCAUGCUGGAUGAAGAAGGCGAUGCCAUUGAUCCGUGUAUUUUAGCAACCCUCAGGAAACUACAAGAUGGAUAUUUUGCUGGAGCGAGGGUGCAGAUGUCAGACCUCUCCAGUUUCAAGACCACUUCCUUUCACACACGCCUCAGCUUCCUGGAUGAAGAAAAUGAUGAAAAUCUCCUCGAGGAUGACGAUGAUGAUGAUGAUGAAGAAUAUGGAGAUGAUUACAGUAAAUAUGGGCCCUCAGGCUCAAAAGACAUGUUUGACCAGUACCUCACCCAGCUCCUCCACAGCACCACUAUUAAGAGCCACCUUCCUCCCAUCCAGAGGGGGCAGCAUCACGUCUUCAGUGCUGAGCACACCACCAGAGACAUCCUGUCUUUUAUGGCCCAGGUCCAGGGCCUGAACAUACCCAAGUCUUCCAUGUAUCUACCUGUGACUCCUGUAAAGAGCAAACAUCGCAGAUCUCUUAACUUACUUGACAUUCCUCAUUAUCAGCAUGGUGCGAAUGUAAAGCAGCAAAAGCCCCCCAGUGUUGCUGAUCUGCACCUGCCUCGAGAUGCUCAGGGCAACACGGACUUUGCAGCGUUGGUGAGGCAGCUGAAGGAGUGUCCGACUCUGCAGGACCAGGCUGACAUACUCUACAUCCUUUACAUCAUGAAAGGAGCUGAUUGGCAGGUGGAGUUGUCGGGUCCCGGGCAGGGUGGGGUCAGUGUGCGCUCCCUGCUGGAGGAGCUGUAUGUACAGGCUGGAGCCUGCAAAGAGUGGGGUCUCGUCAGAUAUAUCUCUGGGAUGCUACGCAAGAGGGUGGAGGUGCUUGCUGAGGCCUGCACGGAUCUGAUCUCCCAUCACAAACAGCUGACCAUUGGUCUUCCUCCUGAGCCCAGAGAAAGAGUCAUCACAGUUCCUCUUCCUCCUGAGGAGUUGAACAGUCUCAUCUUUGAGGCCAGUGGUCAGGACAUCAGUGUAGCUGUGCUCACUCAGGAAAUCAUGGUCUAUCUAGCCAUGUACGUGCGCUCCCAGCCUGCUCUGUUCGGGGACAUGCUGCGGCUCAGAAUCGGACUCAUCAUGCAAGUGAUGGCCACUGAGCUGGCUCGCAGUCUGCACUGCUCUGGGGAGGAGGCGUCUGAGAGUUUGAUGAGCCUGAGUCCUUUUGGCAUGAAAAGUCUGCUGCAUCACAUCCUCAGCGGCAAAGAGUUUGGAGUUGAGAGAAGCAUGCGCCCAAUCCAGUCAACAGCCACCAGUCCUGCCAUCUCCAUCCAUGAACUGGGCCACACGGGAGCCACCAAGACUGAACGCUCAGGAAUCCACAAGCUGAAGAGUGAGAUAAAACAGAUCAUCAGCGGCGGCCUUUCCCUGAAUAGCACUGUCACCUCUCCCCGCUCUACGCGCUGUAGCAGCCCCUCCACCCCUAGUGGGAUCCUGUCCCCAGUAAGCACUGGUCCAGGAGAUGGACAGCUGCACUGGGAGGAGCGGCAGGGUCAGUGGCUAAGGAGACGCAGGCUGGACGGUGCCAUCAACAGAGUACCUAUGGGCUUUUACCAGAAGGUGUGGAAGAUUCUUCAGAAGUGCCACGGCCUGUCCAUCGACGGAUACGUGCUGCCUUCUUCCACCACCAGAGAGAUGACGGAAGGAGAAAUCAAGUUCGCAGUGCAGGUGGAGUCUGUCCUGAACCACGUCCCUCAACCGGAGUACCGGCAGCUGCUGGUGGAGACUGUGAUGGUUCUUGGCCUGGUGGCUGAUGUGGAGGUGGAGAGCAUUGGAGGGAUUAUUCAUGUGGAUCGCAUCCUGCAUUUAGCCAAUGAUAUGUUCCUCACCGACCAGAAAUCCCACUGUGCCAGUGAUUAUUUCCUCGAGAAGGACCCAGCAACAGGAAUCUGCAACUUUUUCUACGACAGCGCCCCCAGUGGCUGCUACGGUACCAUGACCUAUCUGUCUAAGGCUGUGAUUAUUUAUGUCCAGGACUUCCUGCCGAGCUCCAGCUGUCUCAUGCAGUGAAAAAAGCAUGUUUUAAUGAAGGGCCAAUGCAGCAAAGCUUCCCAUUACUAGCUCAUGAACUGCUUGUAAGUGUUAACUCUUCAAUAAACUCUUCAGCUCUAAUAAACUAUUGUAACAUUAUAACAAGGCAGCUGAUAACAAACCACUACAUGGGCAUUUAUAGUUGCUUUUCACUGCAAAAUCUCAAAGUGCAUUUCUCUAAUUUGUAGACAGAAAUAUUCCAUUACUCUUAUUACAAGCUGCAUUUACCUUACAAGUCCAGAUGCAUAUAUUCCAAGAUAUAGAAAGCAAAAUAUUAGGGUUGAAAUACCAUUGCACCAAGGAAAAUAUACACAUUUAGCUUCGUGACUCAAGAUAAAGUUUUAACUUAAAGAAGCCUAUUUAGUGAAUGUCAGUUGCAGCCAUUGUUUUUCCCAUUAAAAGCAAUCCAGGCCUCAUUUUGUGCUUUUAUGUUGUGUUCACAACAAACACAAACAAUCACCUGAUGUGGCGUAUCUGAACGUGCUAGUGAGUUUAGCCUACUGACCGUUUGGUUCAAAGAAUGGGAAAUAAUGUUUUAGCAAUUGUGAAAAACUGUAACAUCUUGAAGUUAUUUAUCUGGAAUUUUCAAGGUAAAUGGGGCUUAUAUUAAUGGUAAUGUACUACAGAUUAGACAAAAACAUUGUAUGCAGUAUAGGAGUACUUGUAUUUUUACAUAAACAUGCUGCUUAAAAGCAUGAAUUUCCAGGUAAAUGUCUGACGAGUAUUUCAUGUCAAUAGAAAUUAGCUAAUUUAUAUUUAUGUCUGUGCUCGGUGUUUUGUGUGAGAAUCUUAUAUCUAUGAUCAUGUCUUGUAAUUGAACAUGUUUUAUUUUACAAUUCUGCAAAGCCUGGUAGUUAUUAGAGUUAACAUUAUUAUUAUUUAAAUACUGAAUAAAAGACAGAUUUUAGAUUUCUGUGUUUAAAAAGGGAACUUAAAAUAUGUGUUCAGUUGCUUGAGGAGUCAUUUUUUAUAAUGUUCUGUAUAGGGCUGGGCAAUUAAUCGAAAAUUACAUUAAAUCGCAAUAUAGCCUGCUGCAAUUUACAAAUUGCAACAGGUACAAUAUCUCUUUCAAACUGAUAUUUUGACACAAAUUUCAGGUCAAACUUUUUUUGCAACAGAGAUGUUAUGCAUCAUGUAAUCAUUCUAUAAAUAUCCUACCUUCUUCAUUUUUGUAUGUUUUCUUAUUAAAUAUAAGAAUGACACAAAACCUUCAAAGCAAUAAUUUAUGUCCAAUUUGCAAUAUGAAUCAAAAUUAUCAAAAUUAGACAUUUUCAAAGAAUUGCUGAGCUCUUGUUUAGGAAUAAAAGAAAGUUAAGGAAUAAAAACAUUUAAAAUCACAAUUGCAAUACUGGGGGGAAAAAAAUCACAACCAGAUAAUUUUCCAAAUCGUUCCCUAGUUCUGUGGUAAUAAUUGUCCAUUUAGAGUCUGUUUAUUUAAAGACAGCAGUGUUGAAUCAGCGUAGCAGUGAAGAAUGAAUCACCCCUACAGACUUCCAACAGUGGAUUCAAACUUUAGAGAAACAAAAGCUAGAUUUGAUCCAUUUCUUGAAGUGAAUCCAUUGAAAACAAACAAGUGUUUGUUGUUGUUCAUAUUAUAGAAGUUAUAUUCAUAAGCAGGGCCGAUUCCGGGCAAAGGCUUUAUAGGUGGUUGCCUCGGGUGCCACAUUAAGGGGGGGGGGGGCGCUGUCAUGAGCCCUGUGCAUUUUGAAUAUGUCCACCAUUGUAACAGAUCGUCAACUGCACUCCUCUAACCUCUGUGCCCCUCGUUCGUGAAAUGGUCUAGCCUCACCUCGCCGCUCUUUGUCUCUCUCUCUCCACAUGCGCCCCCGGCCCACACACACUGGGAGCCCAGCAAGACGUUGAGAGAAAAAAAAAAUUAUUUCGUCUAGGGCACCAAAAUAGCUAGAGGCCCUGUUCACAAGUGCAUGUUGUCCACACAGUUACUUUACUACUCCCUGUAGCAAAGUUGAUUGGAAAACCAUCAACAAAUAAUGAGAGGGAGCAGUUUGGGUCACAAAAAAAAAAAAACAGAUGUAAGCUCAUUAACAGAAACACAACUUUACCUUUAUUUCAGCCCAAAUUUCCCCUCAUUCUUUUUUUAAACUUAGUUGCAUCAAUAACACACAGCAGGACAGCCAGCUAAGGAUUUCAUUCGCCCUCCAUGUUUGUUAUUUCUAGAGUCUCAUUUGAUCACAGGAGAUUUUGAUAGAUCUCAAGUAUGAGGAAUCUUCAUGUGAGAUUGUUUCUAUAGACGGCAGGUGUGUGGUCAUUAGUGUGAGCUCGGAGGAUGAAAAGUCGUCUGAAACUGACCGAGCUUCUAACAGUUUUGUAUUUUUUGUUAUUUUUUUCUAUUUUGUUUUGACUUUUUGUUAUAAAUUUCAGUUUAGUCUUUAAAACAGUUUUUUACUUCUGGUUUGUUAAUUUAGUUUUUAUUUUGCAAAAAUGCUUCAUUUUAGUUUAGUUUUGAAAUAUUUCAGUGUUUUAGUUUUUCCAGCACUUGUCGGGCCGAGGCUAAAAAAGGGUCAGAAAAAGUAAACAUCAUACAGUUUUUAAAAGUGCAUUCAAACAGACCAGUCUUCACUUUUUAUUUUAUUUAUUCAAAUUUGACAUUUGAAUUCAACAUCAAGAACUACAACUAACUAUUGUGUGAAGUCUUCUUUAAUCAAAUCAGGCCAUUUUCUACUCGCCAGGCUUGGUCAUACAUGUCAGUCAGCAUUCUGCUGGCAAAGUCUAACACGAAGGAUAUUUUGUGCCUAAUUUUAUUUAAUUUUAGUUUGUUUCGUAAACACAGUAUGGUUUUAGUUUUCCUAUUUUUGUAUGUCGUUUUUAUUUCGUUUCAGUUAACUAAAACAGUUUUCACAUUUAAGUUUUAGUUAGUUGGUUAGUUUUGGUGAACUGUAAAAACCUUUAAACUGACCAUCAGUUAAGAUUUGAAAGUCAUCUGGUAUGUGGCUAGCCUUACUCCUAAACAACAUAAACAUGCUUGUUAGCUUAAAUGGUGACUCUAAAUUGCCCAUACGUGUGAGUGUGAAUGGUUGUUGUCUAUAUCAGCCCUGUGAUUGACUGAUAACUCCAGGGUGUAGUGCGCCUCUAGAAAUGACAGCUGGGAUUAGCUCUAGCCGCCCUGUGACCCCAAACAGAAUAACUUGUAUAUAUGGAUGAAUAUGUUUUCCCCUAUAAAAGACUUUUUUUAAUAAAGAAAAUGUUUCCUCUGAUAGCUCCCAGGUUUAAUGCUGAUGAAACUUUAACUACAUUGUUGCCUUGUAUUAGCAUUAACCUCUAAGGGAACAGACUCUUGUUCCUCGACUGCCGACAUCUUUUGUUUUGUCUAUUUAAUGUUUUGUAAAAUGAAUGAAAAUGAAAUCAUCUAUCUGUGUAUGAUUGUCACCCUGAUGUUUGCUACUGAUAUGCAUGCGCCUCAGUUUAUGAGGGCUGAAAUAGAAGCGUGCUGUAGAAAUAAGUUAUUUUAAGUUAUUUUGGGGUUGAAUUCAGCCGAUAAACUGUUACAUAGCUGGUAAAUAUUUGUAAACAAUAAUAUGUACAGUAUAUGCAUGAUGUGUCGGUGUAAAGAAUGGCAGUAUAACCAGACGUUAGUAAAGCACCACAAAGGGGCGGAGGAUGUCGACGAGGGUCUUUGUAAGUCUGAAAUAAAGCAUUGCAGUACGGUACAUGUGAUUGUAAAAGUUUAUAAGGCAAGUAACAGAAAAAAAGAAAUUUAAAGUAAGUUUUAUGUCAGUGCUUUGAUUUUGGAAACAGAAAAGAUUUAAAUGUUAAUACAUUUUAACUUAAUUCCUAACUGUGAAAUAUGUCUAUUUAUUUGAACUUUAAAAAAGGUAGACAGAAUAAAUGUAGUAUAUUUUUAGAGUUAAUAUAUUAUGCUGACCCUCUUUUUAAACAGCUGA